AAAACCGUGGCUCUCGACCUCGCUCUUAACCUGUUCUUACUUGACUCGACCUCGGCCCACGCUAAAGCUCUAUCCACGGGUGACGUCACCUCUUCCCUUGAUCCAGUCGCUCCAGCCUCUUCAGAUCCUUUGCCAAAUACGCAGGAUUGCUUUUCAAAGGUGUCAAACAUAUAUUCUACCCUUCUACUUGGGGAAGCCGGAGACAGUCUUGCUCGUAGCUAUGCUUUCUCAACAGACGAAUAUCGGGAUUCUUUUGACAAUGCCGAAGAGGAUGUACUUACUAGCCAGCCUGAUAUGAUAAACAGCUCUUCAUCAUCACCCUCUGGAAUCCCUCCUGCCAUGUGGCGUCAGCUCACUUUAAUGUGGCGUGACAAAGUAGUAUCCAGGACCUCAUCUAAAUCAGCCAAACUGAGUAGUCACGCCGAUUUUUUACCACGAAUGCAGGAUGAGUCCGAACACCAAGGAAAGCUUAAAGAUAGCUCCAGUAAAGAAGUAGUGCAGGAAGAUAAUAACACUCUAUCAGAGCACUCGGGAGGAUGGCAAAUUGAGGAGUUUGAUGGAUCUUUCGAUUUAAUAUCGGGAAAUUGUGACCCAAAGGCCACCUCCGGACCUAGCUCAGAGGAAGCUACUUCAGAAAGUGGACACUCGAAAUCCGUUUCUUCAUAUUCAUUUAUAGAAGGCCGUCAUGCAAUCUAUGAUUCAGGAGAAUCAUCCGAAUAUUCUACUCUCCCGACCAAUAUUGUUUGUCUUCAAGAAAAUUCAAAGCCCUUAAUCGAGUCUACGCAUCCCAAUAAUCAUCUCUCUCUUGAUGUCAAAGAGGCUAAUCUCCCAACUACCACAAGUCUUUUUAGUCAUUCAGAUGCCUGGAUCCUGGACUUCUUGUCAGCCAGGACUAAGGACAAUGAAGUUGAAGAAUAUGAUGUCAGUGGUUACGAUGUUGAUGAGGCUGAUGAUAUUGAAGAUACAGAUCCGGCAGCAUUAAUGCGAGAAACUGAGCUAGAUACUUUCAAUCCAUCUGCAUACUGCAAGAUUCCAAAUCUGCUUGACCAACAAGUUCUUCGCAGGCGCAGCUCGAUCCUAAAGUCGCCAUCAUCCAAUAGUUUAACGAACUGA